AUGAGGCCCAGAGAGGAGAGACCGGCGGCGUGCGCGGCGCGCGGGCCGAGACCUCGGAUUGGUCCGGCGUCCGGGUGGCUGGCGGUGGAGGUAGGCCUGGCGGGCGGCCGUCUCUCGCGGUCCGACGGCCCCCGGGCACCCCCGAGGACCACGCCGGCCAUGGAGGAGCUGCUGAGGCGCUUGCAGGAAACCCUGGACGUGCUCUCCCCGCAGGAGCUGCGUAACUUCCGCGCCAUUCUCAAGAAGGUGGACGAAGAGCCGCGCGUGAGCCCGCUGCAGCUGGAGCUGGAGGGCGGCAGCACCUCGGGGCUGGCCCGGCUGGUCGCCAAGCACUACAACCCGCUGGCCGCGCCGCGCGUCGUCGUCAAGGUGCUGCGGCAGCUGCCCCGCACCGACCUGCUGCCGCGCUGGCAGAGCGACCCCGCUGCCGACGGCGCAGUGAUCCCGAGGAAAAUUCUAAAGAGAAACUAUGACUGUGUGGACGGUGACCUGGAGCGUUACGACCUGAGCGGCAGGCGGAAGGCUUUCCUUAUGUGUAUGAAGAAGAACAGGCCAGGGGCUGACCAGGAUGUCGUGUUAAUGAAGCAAUGGCUUGGCCAGUGCCAGUUUGAAUAUACACUUUGCAUCGACCCUGACAAAAUGGAGUUACUUGAAAAACUAGCAUCCUUUCGUGAUGGAUUGAAUGAAAUUAAAGAUGAAAUUAGCUGUUGCCUUGUCACUCUUAUGUCUCAUGGAGAAAAAGGCUGUAUUAAAAUAAAAGAUGAUGACAGAGUCAGCCUGGAAGACAUUUUUGAAAUGUUUAAUAAUAAAAAUUGUCCGGCGCUCCACGGGAAACCAAAGGUCUUUAUAAUCCAGGCCUGCAGGGGAGAGAGAAGAGAUAGUGGUGUGGAAACAGAUGAUGAACCCAUGGACUCAGAUAACGUGUUGGAGACGAAGAGGCUGCCCACGUUCAGUGACUAUUUCAUCAUCUAUCCUACCCAGGCAGAUCAUGUAGCUUUACGGCACCCCCGCACUGGCUCUGUGAUGAUCGAGGCCAUGACUGAGGUCUUCCAACAGUAUGGAAACAAGUGGCACCUCUUUGACUUUUUCACCAAAGUGAAUAACAGAGUGGUGCACACGGAGUUUUAUCUACGCGAGGAACCAGUAAAAGUAUCGCUUGUAAUGGAAUCAACUCUAACUAGAUCCGUGUACUUUUGACACCAGGAAGAUUUAAAAAUAAGGACGACUUUGUCAUAGACUCUAAAGAAAUGCGAGGCUUUGUAAAUGGUUAUCAUUUUGCAUUUUUUUCUGUCACUAGUUGUAUUUCUCCAAUUUGUUUUUGUAUACAUAUGUUGUUUUUCUAAGAUUUAACUGCGGUUUGGAACUUGUAAAUACUUUGACUUUUUUUUACUGUCUUUUUCCUCCCUGCACUGUUAUCAAAACGUGGACGUCCAGCCCGAUGAGUGUACUGUGUUAUCCUGUGCUUCUCAUGGUGGUCACCGUGGCCCGUCCUCUCCGCUCUUGAUUUCGUGCUAGCUGGUGCCAAGCCUCACCUUCUUGGCUUAGUAUUCAAGAAGUGCCUUUCUGUGGGCUUCCUCUGGUUCCGCCCUUUCCCCAUUGUGCUGUCUGCAGCCAAACUGAUCUUUGGGCUCCUUAGCCAUCCUCGUCUGACCUGGGUGUCUUUGCUUGUACUUGGUGCCCAUGAGCCUUCGUGUUUUUACCCCACCUGGUCUCUAGCUUCCUCCUUGCUGCCUCAGUACCUUUGAACUGCUGGUGUUUGCCUGGAAUAGUGCCGCCCAGGGAGGUAACUCAUUUCUGUCCCUCAGUUUGGUUCCAGCACCACUCGCACGGGAAAGCUUUCUGCAGCCCCUCACGCUAGGCCAGCCCUUUCAGUGCUCAGAGACCUCGGCUUUUCUUACGUAGCAUGAAGCACUACUGUACAUAUGUGCAGUGGCCUUUACUCUCUCUCCAUUCCCUUGUAAGCCACGUGUUGUGUUUGUAACUGUAUUCCAGCUUCCAGCUGUGUCUUAGACAGGGAAGGAUACAUGUUUAGCAAAUGACCGAUCCCUGUCUUUCCGUUAUUUUAUCCAUUCCUCCAAGCUUGCCUCAUUACCUCUGUCUACCUAGCCACGUGCUAGUCAUCCCCACCUAUGUGGAUGACCCAUGGCCACUUUAAUGAGUUGGAAGUUAACCUGUUUCCCCUAAAUCUCCCCUAAACCCACCCCAUUGUUAAUAACCCUUGACUCCUCACUGCCUGCAGAAUAUACCCAAACUCCUCCUCUGUCAGGCCCUACCCGACUGCCUGUGCACUGCCUAUUGGUCCUGGGUCUUGGCCAUUGCAGACGAUCUGCGGUUCCCUCUGCCAUCCCCCUCAGAGAACCGGGCUUGUGGGUUAAUGAGUGCUGUCUGAACACUCAGAUUUUAUAUUAGUUCACUCUCCUUUCUGCCUGAAACGCCCCUUUGUUCUGACAGUGUGCUCCCUCUAUACCAUGCAUUCUUCAGGGUACACCUGGGGUCCCGACCCACUCUAAGGAAACCUGAAUGUAGACCAGUGUUUUUAGAGUAACAAGCUGUGGACUGAGCAUGAGUUUUAUUUGUUAUGUUCUAAUUUUCUUUUCUUUUUUUGGUAUGUGCCCCUAGGGGGAACCGAACCCAGGACACUCUGGUCCACAGGCCGACGCUCCAACUGCUGAGCCAAACCGGCCAGGGCUCUAAUUUUCUAUGUAACAUGGACUGUUUUUGGACCUUGGUUUCCCCAUCCACAUAAAAGAUUUGGCUCAGCCCUGGCCAGUUUGGCUCAGCAUCGGCCUAUGGACCAAUGAGUCACUGGUUUGAUUCCAGUCAAGGGCACGUACCUGGUUUGCAGUUCAU